GAUAAAUUUCAGAAAGCAUAUUUCGCAUUCAAUCGACCGUCUUGCAACUUGAACUUUUCUCUCUUUCACUCAUCCCUAUAUUAUUAUUUAUCGAAGACGCCGUAACAUCAAAUUGCUUGAAAUUAAUCGAUUAUCGCGAAACGUAUAUUUCAUUCGCUGCGCGCAGAAAAAGAAAAUCGUAUGUACAUCGCGGAGAAACGCAAAGAUGGUGAAUUCCCGUCAAGGAUGGUACUGGGUGGACGCAAAGACGCACGAGGAUGACAGAAGGAUAAAGGACAAGAAGGAAGCUGCGUUGGAGGCGGGACGAGCAUCGAUGGUGAAGCGAUGCGACAACAAAAUCGCGCGACGUCGCGCGCAGGCCGAGCAACGAGAAGUCGCCCUGGCGGAGGAAUUGUCGCGUGUUCAAGCAGCCGUCGAAGCGAAACAGGAGGAGAUUGAAGUGACGCACAGACUGGCUGCCGAAUUGUCGCGGCGUAGAAACGAAGAGGUAAAGCGUGCGUUAAAAUCGGAUCGAAUAAAAUCCUCCGCGCAAUCACCAUCGAGUUGCGCUCUGAACGAGGCCCGAUGGCGUCUGAUAGAGGAAAAGGUCCGUCUGGAAGCGAGCCAGGCGGAAUUAUUGAGGCUCUGGCACGAAGAAAAAAUUAUCGAGGAGUCGCAACUUGACAAAGACGAAAGAAGAAAACGGAACUUGCGCGAUGAACUGCAGAAUCAAUUGGCGGACAAUCGGCGACGAGUUCAACAGAAAAGGAGUGAGGAGAAAGAACUGGAUCGCAAGAUGACGGAACGAGCGGUACAGAAGAUUCAGGAGGAGGAUGCAAAGACGAGGAAAAGGAAAGGGAAUAACGCGAUUCUCUUGAGGGAAGAGAUGGCCGCGUCUUUUGCGGCUAAGAAAGCAUGGGAGAGAAAAUAUAAGGAAGCGUUAAAGGAUGAAGACGAGAGGAUAGCGCGCAUAAUCGCGGAGAAGGAAGCUCGACAAGAGAAACAGAUCGGCACGAAGAUGGAACUUCGCGCGAUGAGGGAAACGGCGAUAGAUAACGUAGCCAGAGAACUGCUGGCUAACGUCUGCAAAGAAAGAAAGAAGCAGGAGAUCGCUGAUGAAUUGUAUCGGGAAGAGCAGAGGAGCAAAUGGACAAAAGAAUCAAUCAAGCCUGCAUCAAAGAAACGAUGCGAUAUUACCUUCGAAAAAAUAGCGAGACAGAAAGCUGAACGCAAAGCGAGAGAUGAAGCGAUCGAUGCCGCGUUUACGCGAUAUUCAGCCGAAGAACGAAAAAAAUAUAUCGAAAAACAAAGACAGGACGAUAACGCACGACAGACAAAAAAAAUUCAAUAUAGAAAAGAAUUAAAGGAAGUUAUAACAAAUAACAGAGUUAAUUACGCUAUGGAUAUUUUAAAACGGCAGUCUGAAAUUUGUGCGCACGAUGAAUAUGCAAAUCGAUUAACUGCACGUAACGUAAAACAGUCUAAUGAUAGAAAUGAUGAUAACAUCAAGAAAGUAAGUUGUAAGAAAGAAGAUAAUUGAUACGGGCAUCAGAGGCUGUGCCAAAUGAUACAAGUUCACGAUUGACACGCCUGCCAUUAAAAGAAUUCCCCGAAAAUUUACGUUAUAAGCAUGAAAUUUCCCAGAUAUAAAAUUCCAGAAAAAUGUAUAUACAAAUACAUAACGAUAAAAAUCAAUAACAGAUACAUAUAAAUGCCUAAAAGAUAAAAAG